CCCUCACAAAAAGCCAUAUCAACCGCCUCGAUGAUGGCUACUACCAAUCAGAACUCGAAACAAGUGCCAGCCGCUGGCAACAGCGAAACUUCAGGGCUGGACUCAGAGAUUCAACUUGUUUCAUCACUAGCAAAACUACAAGAACUCGAACGCAAGAUCCAUGAACUGCGUGGCUUCAUGCCCCAGGGCUUACUAGAGCCUCUGGUGCCUAUUGCAAAUCCAGAAAAAGUGUCAUUCGGCAAUCCAGUCGCUGAAACCCCAAGAAUCCUCCGGGCUAGUCUGGAUGAGGCCGCACGCGCACGUGUUGCUGAUGUCCAGCAAUUUCAGUCCUUGUGGCGGGGUCCGGAAAUGACGCCCAUCUGGACACACGUUGAAUCACGCAUCAAGGAAGCUAAUGGUCAGCUGAUCCAGCCGACUGGGAGGUGGGAAAGGGAUUAUGACGUUCUCCUAGAAGAGCUAGCACGGAAAGAAAAGUCUAUAGAAGAUGAGCGCCGACAGGAGCACGAAGAGGCUGAACGUAUCAAAGCGCAGUCUACCGAGGGCGAGUGGAAAAAUGUUUUGGAGCGCUUCGUUCAGCGGGCUAUGCCCGGUGUACGAGUCAUCAAAGGCCAGGAUGAGACUUCUCUAGCGGUUGCACUUGUUAGAGCAGGUGUUGUCUUCCAGAUCCGAGGGAUUUCCGCCCCUGGCUCCCCGAUAUCUGACUGGGAGGUAUCGAGCAAAAUUGCUGGCCGGUCACCGACAAAACUUGAGAAUGCUAUACUGGGAUGUGUGGGCUCACGUCCGCGGAAAUGGGACCUUGCUUUCUUGCUGGAUAUGAUCUCUUCCUACGCAGAUAUCAAGCAGACUACCUGCGUGAAGUGCAACCGCCUGACUGAUAACGGCGCCCAAUUGCCAACUCUUCGUCGCCUUUCGGCAAAUCAAUCCUCGGUCGACGGAGCAGCACAUGUAUACACCUUUGAUGCAUUGCAUUAUGGAUGUGUAUGA